CUUUAAAACCGACGUCAUAGCCCUGCGACAUUUUCAAAAUGGCGUAAUCUGAACGAAAACGAUGAAAACUAUAGUGGGAAACGAGUGGAUUUUGUUUCAUUCACCGCACCGACAACUUUAAAUCCAGCAACACUAUGCCGGUGUGCAACUUUUGGAUGCAAGGCCGGUGUCGAUAUGGCGACAAGUGUUGGAAUGAGCACCCAAAAGCAGGCGGUGGCGGCUACGGUGGAGAGUACAACAGCCGCCCCCCUCAACAGUCCAACAGAGGCGGGGGAGGAGGGUUUGGGAACAGAGUGUGGGUGAACCCAGCUCAGAGGUCUGGAGGAGGAAGCUACGUCCAGCCGUCAUCCUUCUCCUCCCAGCAGGGUGGCAACAACUGGGGUCCAGGAGGAGGAGGAGGAGGAAGGGACAGCCAAGCCCAGAGCUCUAACUUCAGUUUCGCAGCCUCCUCUCCAAACCAAAACAGAUUUUCUGCCUUAAACACUCAAAGCAGCUUCGACAAAGGUGGGAGAGGAGAAGGGGAAGACAAUGAAAAACACUUAGAGACCAUCCAGAAAGAUAUGGAGAUCUGGGAGACUUCAGGCCAGUGGCUUUUCUCCUGUUACUCUGUCCUCAAAGCAACCAUCUCAGGGUUCACAGAGCUCUCUCCAGAGGAGCUGAGACUGGAGUACUACAACACCAAGCCAUCAGGAGACCUGCAGGGAUAUGCUAACGUCAUCAAUCAGCUGGUCAACCAAUGGAGAAGCAGAGUCCAGGAGCUGAGGGCUAUGAGCGGCAACACCAGAGUCGCUAUGCUUGCAGAGCUGGACAACCCAGCACCACAGGCAGCGUCUGGAGGCUUUGGGUCGACACCAGUGACCGGCUUUGGGUCCUCAGCACCAUCUGGCUUCGGAACAGGUUUCGGAGUGCCGGCCCAGGCCCCAGUCCAGGACACCUCAGGUGCCAGUAAUUUCAGCUUCGCUGGACCAGGUGCAGCUUCUACUGCUCUCGGCAGUGCUGCGCCAGCCAUCGCACCAGCUCCCACUGGGAUUGGCUCUAUGGCCACCACUGUUCCCUCGGCAGCCGGUUUCUCCUUUGCCACCCCUGCUGCCAACAAGGAGCCAACUACAGCCGGUUUCGGAGCUCCUGCCUCUGCGUCCGGGUUUAGCUUCACCUCGACGGUCGCUGGUGGAGGAGGAGCAUUUGGAGGGAGUGGUUUCGGGAGUGCAGCGCCAGUGGCUGCAAGUGGUUUUGGACAGGCGAGUGGAGGGUUUGGGGUUAUGGCCCCAGCAGACAGUCUCUUCACCCCCCAGAGCCAGCUGAGUGAAGAGGAACUGAAGGAGUUUGGAGGGAAGAGGUUCACCCUGGGACAGAUACCACUCAAACCCCCCUGUUAAUAUGCUGGUGGUCUGAUCCUACCACUCAACCCCCCUGUUAAUAUGCUGGUGUUCUGAUCCUACCACUCAACCCCCUGUUAAUAAGCAGGUGGUCUGAUCCCACCACUCAACCCCCUGUUAAUAUGCUGGUGGUCUGAUCCCACCCACCACUCAACCCCCCGUUAAUAAGCAGGUGGUCUGAUCCCACCACUCAACCCCCCUGUUAAUAAGCAGGUGGUCUGAUCCCACCACUCAACCCCCCUGUUAAUAAGCAGGUGGUCUGAUCCCACCACUCAACCCCCCUGUUAAUAAGCAGGUGGUCUGUUCCCACCACUCAAACCCCCCCUGUUAAUAAGCAGGUGGUCUGAUCCCACCACUCAAACCCCCCUGUUAAUAAGCAGGUGGUCUGAUCCCACCACUCACCCCCCUGUUAAUAAGCAGGUGGUCUGAUCCCACCACUCAACCCCCCCCGUUAAUAAGCAGGUGGUCACUGAUCCCACCACUCAACCCCCCUGUUAAUAAGCAGGUGGUCUGAUCCCACCACUCAACCCCCCUGUUAAUAAGCAGGUGGUCUGAUCCCACCACUCA